AUGGCCCCGAUAUUGAAAAUCGCGCUGGUUCAAUUCCAGGCAAAGCCCCUCUGUGUUCAAGAAAACUUUGACAAGGCAGUUUCAGAAAUUCAAUCUGCUGCCUCAAAAGGAAGCCAUCUCGUUGUGUUGCCAGAAUAUCACCUCACAUCGUGGGUUCCGGAGGACCCUUCAUUUGCUGUGGCUUGUGCAGCGUCCACGAAAUAUCUACCGCAGUAUCAAAAUCUAGCUAGAGAGUUAAAUAUUCAUAUUGUUCCAGGCACUAUUGUUGAACCUAUCACUAUCCAGCCGUCGAAUGCCGUUUCUACCUCUCUGUCAGAGCAAGCUGCAAAUGCGGGCGAUCCCAUAGUGGAACUACACAACAAAACCUACUUCAUCGCUGCGACUUCCGGGGAUAUUCUCGCAACAUACCAAAAGAAAAAUUUGUGGCAUGUCGAGCGCGGCGUUCUAACCGCUGAUAGGCGAACGCCGCACAGAGCUUUUGAUGUUCCGCUCCCUGGCAGUAACCAUAUGGUGCGAUUUGGUUUGCUCAUCUGUUGGGAUCUUGCCUUUCCUGAAGCUUUGAGACAAUUAACUGCAGAUGGGGCAAAAGUCGUCACAAUUCCUGCAUACUGGCAUAUCAAAAAGGUCAACCCAAGACUCUUGGCUCUAAAUUCGGACUCCGAAGCAGUGUUCUUGGAUAGCGCUACUGUGGCUAGAGCUUGUGAGAACACAUGUGCUGUUGCAUUUUGUAACGCUUGGGGUCACAGUCAGGUUGCAAUGCCGGUGCUAGGAUCUCUUGGUAAACUCGGGAUCGAGAAAGAAGGUUGUUUCAUAACCGAGAUAGAUUUGGAUGCUCUAGAGGUAGCAGAGAGCCAUUACAAAGUGCGAGAGGACAUAAGUGGUACAGAGUGGCACUAUUAA